UAAUUACUCUUUCUGUGAUAGCUUUCAAAUCUACAGCUUCUUUCACCCAUCAUCAUCAACAUGACUUUCCCUCCACUCUUCCAUCUUUGGUUUCUUUCCUUUUGUUUGAUCUUUUCUUUUGCUAGGGGAGCUACUCUGUCAGAAGAUGAAGUGCAAAUUAUGAAGGAGAUAGGUAAGACACUUGGGAAGAAGGAUUGGGAUUUCAGUGUGGAUCCAUGCAGUGGAGAAAGUAAUUGGACUUCAUCUGUUCAAGUAAAGGGAUUUGAAAAUGCUGUUACCUGCAAUUGCCUUUUUGCCAAUGCCACUAUCUGCCAUGUUGUUAGCAUUGUUCUCAAGUCACAAAAUCUUUCGGGCACACUCCCUAGUGAACUAGUGAGAUUGCCAUAUCUCCAAGAAAUUGACCUCUCUCGCAACUACCUUAAUGGUACAAUCCCUCGAGAAUGGGGUUCCAUGAAACUUGUCAACAUUUCCAUUCUUGGAAAUCGGCUAACAGGUCCAGUCCCAAAAGAAUUAGGAAACAUCACCACCCUGAAGAGUUUGGUCCUAGAGUUCAACCAAUUAUCUGGUGUGCUUCCUCCAGAGCUUGGGAAUCUCCCCCAGCUUGAAAGACUGCUUCUUACAUCCAAUUAUUUUACUGGAAAUUUACCUGCAACAUUUGCUAGGCUCACUACAUUAAAGCACCUUCGACUUGGUGACAAUCAAUUCUCUGGAACUUUACCUAAUUUCAUUCAGAGUUGGACAAGUCUAGAGAGACUGGUGAUGUAUGGGAGUGGUUUUAGUGGGCCAAUUCCUUCUGGAAUUGCAUUUCUCAACAACCUCACAGACUUGAGAAUUAGUGACUUGAAAGGACCAGAUUCUCAAUUUCCUCCACUUAAAAACUUGACAAAUUUGCAAUCACUAAUACUAAGGAGUUGCAAUCUUAUAGGAACGGCUCCUGAAUAUCUUGGAAAUAUAACUAGUUUACGAUCAUUAGACCUCAGUUUUAACAAAUUGACUGGACAGAUUCCGAGAACCUUGGGUGGCCUAAACGAUAUAAAUUUAUUAUAUUUAACUGGAAACAAUUUUACUGGACCAUUGCCCAAUUGGAUAGAUAGGCCAGAUUACACAGAUCUCUCAUAUAACAAUUUAAGCAUUGACAACCCAGAAGAGUUGACUUGUCAACAGGGAAGCGUGAACUUGUUUGCAUCAUCUUUGAAGGGAAAUAACUUGAGAACGAUUCCAUGUUUGGGGAACAAUAAUUGUCCUAAAACUUGGUACUCUCUCCAUAUAAAUUGUGGUGGAAAGUUAAUUUCUAAAGGAAACAUGGUAUAUGAUGAUGAUUCACAAGAAGCUGGACCAGCGAGAUUUCGUCGAAGUGAAUCAAAUUGGGUGUUUAGCAACACUGGUCAUUUCUUUGAUAGCAGUCGUGUAGACUAUUAUACAUGGUCUAAUACAACUAAGCUUGCAAUGGAUAAUGCCGAAUUGUACAUGGAUGCACGUGUUUCUGCCCUUUCUCUCACAUAUUAUGGAUUUUGCAUGGGAAAUGGAAGCUACACAAUAAGCCUUCAUUUUGCAGAAAUAAUGUUCACUGAUGAUCAAACAUAUAGCAGCCUUGGAAGGCGUGUAUUUGACAUCUAUAUUCAGAGAAAGUUAGUGCUGAAGGAUUUCAAUAUUGCAAAAGAAGCAGGUGGAGUUGGUAGGGCAAUCAUAAAAAGGUUCACUACUAUUGUGAAUAGUAGUACCUUGGAGAUCCACUUUCAAUGGGCUGGGAAAGGCACAACUGCUAUCCCAUUUGGAUCAGUUCAUGGCCCUCUUAUAUCAGCUAUAUCUGUUGAUCCUGACUUCAAACCCCCAGUGGAAAAUGAAGGUGGCCAUGACAUACCUGUGCAGUCUAUUAUUGCAAUAGUAGUUGCUGGAGUGCUUAUUAUCAUCAUAGCAUUUGGUAUAGCUUGGUGGAAAGGAUGUCUAAGACAAAAGUUUUCAUUACAAAAAGAGUUAAGGGACGUGGAUUUGCAAACUGGCUUAUUUAGCUUACGACAAAUCAAAGCUGCAACUAAAAACUUUGAUAUAGCCUUUAAGAUUGGAGAAGGAGGAUUUGGUCCUGUUUACAAGGGUGUUCUUUCAGAUGGUACAAUAAUUGCAGUUAAACAACUUUCUUCUAAAUCAAAGCAAGGAAAUCGCGAGUUUAUAAAUGAGAUUGGCAUGAUUUCUGCUUUGCAACAUCCUUGUCUAGUUAAGUUAUAUGGUUGUUGUAUGGAGGGAGAUCAAUUAAUGCUAAUAUAUGAAUACAUGGAAAACAACAGUCUUGCUCGUGCUUUAUUUGCUAAAGAAAAAUGUCAAUUGAAGUUGGAUUGGUCAACAAGGCACAAAAUUUGUGUUGGUAUUUCUAAAGGUUUGGCUUACCUUCAUGGAGAGUCAAGGUUGAAGAUAGUUCAUAGAGACAUCAAGGCGACUAAUGUUUUAUUGGAUAAAGAUCUUAAUCCUAAGAUAUCUGAUUUUGGUUUGGCCAAAUUGGAUGAAGAGGGUUAUACCCACAUAACCACCAGAAUAGCUGGCACCUAUGGAUAUAUGGCUCCUGAAUAUGCAAUGCAUGGUUAUUUGACCGACAAAGCAGAUGUUUAUAGUUUUGGUAUUGUUGCAUUGGAAGUCGUUAGUGGAAAAAGUAACUCCAUGAAUUGGCCAAAAGAAGGGUGUUUUUCCCUUGUUGAUUGGGUGCAUCUGUUGAAAGAAAAUGGUAAUUUGAUGGACCUAGUUGAUGAAAGGUUAGGUAAAGACUUUAAAAAGGAUGAAGUGAUGGUCAUGAUAAAUGUUGCUCUUCUAUGCACACAAGUUUCUCCACUGCAUAGACCCACCAUGGCUUCAGUGGUAUGCAUGCUUGAAGGCAAAAUUGAUGUUCAAGAUGUAUUGUCAGAAACAAGCCAAGUAUUAGAUGGAAAGAAUUUGGAGGUAAUCCAACAAUAUUAUCAAAUGACAGAAAAGAAUAAGACUUGUGAUACUCAAGAAGAGAGCAUCUCGAUGGGUGAAACUUCAGCAUUUAUGUCUGACACAGAUCUAUAUUCUAUCAACAUGGAUUCUUCUUACCAGGAGAAAAGUAAUUAGAUCAUUUAUAUAUCAUCACUUUUGUAGAUGAUGUAUAUUGGCUUAUACUUCAAUUUAUUUUUUUUCUUCAUAUGUAUUCCCUGUGAUGGACAACAAUGAUUUAUGUCUCGUUUUUCUGUACUAUAAUGAGAAAUAGAAACAUUUGUCACAAAAGUUAUUUAUUUUGUUGCAUGUGUGUA